AUUGAAAAUCUCCUCAACAGCGGUGCUAAUGUGAACGCCAAAGAUCCUGAAAGCAAGACCGCCCUCCACUGGUGUGCCUCAGUGAACAACGUGACGUCUGCCCAUGAACUGUUGAAGAGGAAUGCUAAGAGGGAUGUCCCCGAUGAAAAACUGCAAACGCCCAUCUACCUUGCCGCUGCCGAAGGAAAUUUUGAAAUGGUGCAGUUCUUAAAAGACAACUUCGCCAACAUCAACCUGAAAUCCGACCAAGACAAGACACCACUGGAGAUAGCGCAAGACCGAAACUUCGUUGAAAUAGUGGAGUGCCUG